UCCAACGGGCGUCUCUACUGGACGAGCCAAUCGACAUUGGCGCAGGGUUGGCGCGGGGUCAGAGCUGCGGAGGCGGAGCGGGCUCUGCGGCAGGAGGGAAGAUGGCGGACGAGGAGAAGCUGCCGCCGGGCUGGGAGAAGCGCAUGAGUCGCAGCUCAGGCCGGGUAUACUACUUCAACCACAUCACCAAUGCCAGCCAGUGGGAACGGCCCAGUGGCGGCGGCAGUGUUGGAGGUAGUAGCAAGAAUGGCCAGGGCGAGCCUUCCAGGGUGCGCUGCUCGCAUCUACUGGUGAAGCACAGCCAGUCUCGGAGGCCCUCAUCCUGGCGGCAGGAAAAGAUCACUAGGAGCAAGGAAGAGGCAUUGGAGCUGAUCAAUGGCUAUAUCCAGAAGAUUAAGUCAGGAGAAGAAGACUUUGAAUCUCUGGCCUCACAGUUCAGUGAUUGCAGCUCUGCCAAAGCCAGGGGAGACCUGGGUGCCUUCAGCAGAGGUCAGAUGCAAAAACCAUUUGAGGAUGCAUCGUUUGCUCUACGGACAGGGGAGAUGAGUGGGCCAGUGUUCACGGAUUCGGGCAUCCAUAUCAUCCUGCGCACAGAAUGAGGGCAAGCAACUGGCCAGCCUACUCAGGCUGCCAAGGAGUUCAUGGAUGCCUCUUCCUGCUACUGUCACACAGUAUUUAUUAUUCCUAAAAUGGCUGGGAAGGGAGCUCUGAGAUAAGGACUCUGAGCUUCCUUUUCCCUGUUUGCCCCCAGUUGGGGCUGUCCUAGCCAGGUUCCUUCUGAAGGAAUUUACUUCAGAAGGGCAGUGGGGGUAUGGAGGCCCCCAGGCUUAGGGGGUCAGAGGUGACCUGACCCCUCACCUCCCAGGUCCCAGAGGCAGCAGGCAGGAGGGCCUUGUUUCUUAUUAGUUUUAUGCUCCAUUCCUCUGUUCAGUUGCAAAAAGCAGAUGUUCCACACCUAGCAAUGCAGCAACUCAGCCUCAGGGUGUGAUACAGCACCCCAUGCGCCUUUCAUUAAACCUGGAACCACUGA